CGCCGGCCGCUCCCCUCCUCUCGGCCCCGGCGGGGAGGCCUUCUGGGGAGCGCCACUGGGCGCAGGCCGAGCCGGGACUUCUGACGGCUCGUCCUCCCCCCGUUGAUUGAAGGGGGAGGGAAGGAAGCCCCUUCCGAAGAACUGCAGGCCCUUUUGGGCCCCAAGCCGCGGAGAUGCCAGGAGUGUGGGCGCCAAGGAGCCAGCAAAGGGGAAAACCUGGCUCCCCCCCAGCCCAAAUUAAGCCGUGGGUUGCUCCCAGCCCUGUUGUAAGGCUGCCCCCAAGUUCAAAACUGGCAGCCUCCCAGUUGCCGGAGGAGAUGAGAGGGCGUGUGCUGAUCGGGCUUAUCUUCCCGGACAUGUUCUUCCCACUGGCAUCUGCUGGGAGAAAUAAGGGGUUGGGGGGCCUUGGCUUUCAUUGAACACUCUCCUGCUUGUGGUUGUCUUCUUCCCCAGUUGGCCAGAAAUCCAGGCUGACUUCUUCGUGAGCAAAUGCCUGCAUGCUUUUUGUUUUGCUUCCACGGGUAAAAUGGCUGCAGAUGGUCGUUUUGGGGGUGAAAAGUGAAAUCUGAAGAAAAAGUAUAAAAUACCAUUGAGGGGGGCAUGCCCCCUUUGUUUUGGGCACUGUUCCAUCAUGAUUUAAAAGCGUGUGGUUUGAUAAAUCAUAUAGCUCAGCUUCUUAUUUGGAAGUAAGUCAGGUUGUUCUCAGCGGAGCUUACUUCUAAGUAAGGGAGCAUUGGAUUGCAGUUAUGUGGUUCAGUCCAUACUUGUUCUUUUUCAUUGCCUCAGUCUCAGCUACAGUACCUGAACCUUUUGCUUGGGACCUGCUCUGUUGUGAAAGACACGAAACUUGCUGUCUAAUAUUUUUUUUCUUGCACGUGGCCUUCUUCCAAGGUAUACAAAACUGUUCUGUAUAUCCUAUUACUCAGAUGAUUCCUUGAUUAAAAUUGUACUUGCGGUUGUUGGCAUGAAUGCAUAAAUACUGCUAUGCCCUCCUCAAAGUAGCAGCAUCUUAAAUGUCUCCUAAAUGUGUGAUACUGGCGGAACACUUUUGCACAUUGAAACUGGCAGAAUAUUGAAAGGAAUUGCAACAUGUUAUGUUGGGGAAAUGCAUCUUUUGGACAACUUGGAUUGGGGGGUAUUGAUGAAGAGAUUGUCCUGGAACCCAGAAGAUGCAGCUUCUUUGUAAACAAAAAAGUUCAAGAUGUAGGCUGUGGACUGAGGCAUACUGUGUUUGUCUUGGAUGAUGGGACUGUAUAUACCUGUGGAUGUAAUGAUUUAGGACAAUUAGGUCAUGAAAAAUCUAGGAAACGACCAGAGCAGGUUGGUGCCUUGGAUGCUCAAAACAUUGUCACUGUUUCAUGCGGAGAAGCACACACGUUAGCAUUAAAUGACAAGGGCCAAGUCUAUGCCUGGGGUUUUGCUGUGGAUGGACAGCUGGGUUUACCUGGCACUGAGGAAUAUACCAGAGUCCCCAGGAACAUUAAAAGCUUGUCAGACAUCCAAAUAGUGCAGGUGGCCUGUGGCUACUACCAUUCCCUUGCACUCUCUAAAGGAAGUGAAGUUUUUUCCUGGGGUCAGAACAAGCAUGGACAGUUAGGAUUAGGUUAUGAAUUUAAAAAACAGACCUCUCCACAAGUAAUCAAGUCUUUACUAGGGAUCCCUUUUGCUCAUAUAGCAGCAGGCGGUGCUCAUAGUUUUGUACUUACGCUUUCUGGAGCAAUCUUUGGAUGGGGACGAAACAAAUUUGGACAGCUUGGUCUUAAUGAUGAAAAUGAUAGAUACGUCCCCAAUCUUCUGAAGUCACUAAGAUCCCAAAAAAUUGUUUAUGUCUCCUGUGGAGAAGAUCAUACUGCAGCUCUCACAAAGGAAGGUGGAGUGUUUACUUUUGGAGCUGGAGGCUACGGACAAUUAGGUCAUAACUCUACUGCACAUGAGAUAAACCCAAGAAAAGUUUUUGAACUUAUGGGGAACAUUGUCACACAAAUUGCAUGUGGAAGGCAGCACACAUCUGCAUUUGUUCCCUCAACUGGAAGAAUUUACUCUUUUGGUCUUGGAGGUAAUGGACAGUUAGGCAUGGGAACAACCAGUAACAGGAAAAGUCCCUUUCCAGUUAAAGGAAAUUGGCUUCCAUACAGUGGCCAGGUCCCACUAAAUUCAGAUGGUGAAGAUUAUUAUUGUGUAAAGAGGAUUUUUUCUGGUGGAGACCAAAGCUUUUCACAUUAUGUUACUCCACGGGAUUUGGUGCCAGCAGAUGACUUCAGAUAUCCUAAUGCUUCAAAACAAAUCUGGACUGUGAACGAAGCUUUCAUUCAGAGAUUAGUAAAUUAUUCGUCUUCAGGUGCAGGGAGACUCCCUGUGGAGAUAGCCAAUGAAAUAGAUGGAACGUUUUCUUCUGCUGGCUGCCUAAAUGGAAGCUUUUUAGCUGUCAGCAAUGACGAUCACUACAGAACGAGUGCCAGAUUCUCAGGGGUGGAUAUGAAUGCUGCCAGACUUUUAUUUCACAAACUUAUUCAGCCGGAACAUGCACAUAUAUCUCAGCAGGUGGCAGCCAGCUUGGAGAAGAAUCUUAUUCCUAAACUGACCAGCUCCUUGCCUGAUGUGGAAGCCCUAAGGCUGUUUCUAACACUGCCAGAAUGCCCCUUAAUGAACGAGGCAAACAAUUACAUGACUUUGGCUAUUCCAUUUGCAACUGCUAUUGUGAACCUAGAAAAAGCUCCGUUGAAAGUACUCGAAAACUGGUGGUCUGUAUUGGAACCUCCGUUGUUCCUCAAAAUAGUGGAACUUUACAAAGAUGUUGUGGUCCAUCUUCUGAAAUUGUACAAGUUGGGUAUCCCUGCUUCAGAGCAAAGAAUCUUUGCAAGCUGUCUACAUGCUUCCCUCAAAGUUUUGGAAAUAUUACAUAGGGUGAACGAAAGAGGUGGGCAGAUAAUACAGUAUGAUAAAUUCUACAUACAUGAAAUACAGGAUUUGAUUGAUAUAAGAAAUGACUACUUCAACUGGAUGCAGCAGCAGGCAUAUGGAAUGCUGUCAGAUGGACCAGUUACAAUUUGCACCUAUCCCUUUGUAUUUGAUGCGCAGGCAAAGACAACACUCUUGCAAACAGAUGCAGUCCUGCAGAUGCAGAUGGCUGUUGAUGAGGCUCACAGACAGAAUUUCUCAUCUAUUUUUCUCCCGGUAUUUGAAUCUGUCAAUCCAUGUCUGAUCUUAAUUGUGCGCAGAGAAAAUAUUGUGGGGGAUGCUGUAGAAGUCCUAAGGAAAACAAAAAAUCUAGAUUACAAGAAGCCUCUCAAGGUAUGGCAUUUUGGAAUAUUUUAAUUUUGUGAUAGACAUCAGCUUACAGUCAUGUUUCUCCCUCCUCUGCUCUUUCCCUUCUAAAGCUUCAUCUUGGAAGUGCCUAGAAGGUGGGAUGCCAAAAUUUUGAGCAGAAAAAUACCUGGCUGAUAAAGGAUUCA